GACUCUGAUUCCUCUGUUUGAUUCAGAUUCUGGCCUGCUCAUUUUAUCUGGAAAUGGCGAGAGUGUGAUCGACUGUUUUGAGGUGAACACCAGCGAGCCCUUCCUGUCUCAAGUGAGUCAGUGUGUGGCAGACAGCUCGAGUCGUGGUGUUUGUCUGCUGCCGAAGCUGGCUCUGGACAUCAGCUGCUGCGAGGUGCUGCGACUCAUGCAGCUCACCGAAAACUUCAUUGUGCCCAUCAGCUACCAGGUGCCCCGCAAGGCAGGACAAGACUUCCAUGCGGACUUGUAUCCAGACACUGUGGGUCACACAGCAGCCAUGAGUGCCGACGAAUGGUGGAAAGGAGACAACAAACAGGUGGAGAGGGUCAGUCUUCACCCCAGCAAAAGGCCAAAACCAGCAGCUCCGUCUGCUCAGGAGAAAGCACAGAAGGAUCUUUCCCGCGGCAAGAGCAAAGAGGAGGCCUCGAGCUCCAGCAGUCCUCUCAGCAGCCCCAGCAGCAGCGCAGUCCCGUCCCGCUCGCCCUCCUCCACCAGCGGCCUGUCGUCCGGCUUCGUACCCAGCCCUAGCCCCAGCCAGAGCUCCCGCGCCAUCCACAACAUGCUCGGCCCGAGUUCGAAGUUUCGUCACAUCCAGGGUUCAGUUCUGCACCGGGACACUCACAUCACUAACCUGCGCGGGCUUCACCUGACCACCCCAGGAGAGUGUGAUGGAUUCUGCGCCAAUGGGCAGCGUGUGGCGGUUCCUCUGGCCAUCGCCGGUGGGCAGAUCGCCGUGUUUGAGUUGUCCCAGCCUGGAAAGCUGCCGGACACAGCUCUGCCCACCAUCCAGAACUCUGUCAAUGUGGCCGACUUCUGCUGGGACCCCUUUGACCCUCACAGGCUGGUUGUGGCUGGUGAUGAUGCCAAGAUCCGCGUGUGGCAGAUUCCCAAAGGAGGCCUGCAGGAAACCCUGACGGAGCCGGAGUGUGUCCUGCGGGGACACACUGAGAAGAUCUACUCCGUCAAGUUCCACCCACAUGCAAUCGGUCUGCUGGUGUCAUCAUCAUACGACCUCACUGUCAGACUAUGGAGCCUGGAGACUGGAGAACAGGUCAAACAGCUCAGCGGACAUCAGGACCAGAUCUUUGGCAUGGCUUGGAGUCCUGAUGGGAAACUGCUGGCCACUGUGUGCAAAGAUGGAAAAGUGCGUUUGUAUGACCCACGCAAGUCCACCUCACCCAUCCAGGAGGGUCCGGGACCUGAGGGCCAGAGAGGGGCCCGAGUAGUUUGGGUCUGUGGUGGCAAGUUCCUGAUGGUUUCAGGAUUCGACAGUCGCAGUGAAAGACAGCUGUACCUGUUCUCCGCUGAGUCCUUGGCAUCCGGGUCUCUGGCCUCUGCUCCUGCUGAUGUGUCUCCCUCGACCCUCAUCCCAUUCUAUGAUCCCGACACCAGCGUCCUCAUCCUCACUGGGAAGGGCGACACUCGGGUUUACAUCUACGAGAUCGUGCCUGAAGCGCCGUACUUCAUGGAAUGUAGUAGUUUUAAUUCCUCCGAGCCACACAAGGGUUUGUGUUUCCUUCCGAAGACUGAAUGUGACGUUCGUGAUGUGGAAGUGGCUCGAGCCGUCAGACUCGGCAAGACCACCAUCGAACCUGUGGCCUUUAGAGUGCCUCGUGUGAAAAAAGAGUUUUUCCAGGAUGAUGUUUUCCCGGAUACCGCAGUGUGGUGGGAAUCAUCUCUGAGUGCCGCUGACUGGCUCUCUGGAUCUGAUGGACAGCACCGCAAAAUCAGCCUGCGGCCCAAAGACAUGACGCCCGUGAGUGAAGCACCUAAAGAAGCUCCUGUGAGGAAAUACCUGCCCUCAUCUGUCUAUUUAGAGGAGAAAACUGAUGAACAGAAGAAAGAGGAGUUGCUCAGUGCAAUGGUGGCGAAGCUGGGAAACAGGGAAGAUCCUCUGCCACAGGAGUCUUAUGAGGGAGUGGAUGAAGACGAGUGGGACGAUUAGCACACAAGCGUUUCCUGAUGGUCCAGUCAGGGUGCCAACAGCAGACAGGAGAUGAUGCUGUCCUGCUGCUUUAAACUUGCCAUUCCAGGGUGCCAAAAAACCUCCUAAACGCUUCAUCUCUACACUCCUCCAUCCAUCACAUCUCUAACUGGAGUACUAAUAUCUCCUAUUAAUCUUUAAACAUGACUUUUAUUAUUCAUACGCACAGCUCAGACGUUCAUCUCAGAUGCAUGAAGCACUGCAUGAAAUCUUUCUGGAUGUUGUCACUCAUAAAAUGUGCACUUAAUACCA